GCACUACGCAUAAGGCCACUGACCGGGCGAGAUCGAGCACAACCUCGGUUCGCUAAUUUGGCUCAGGAUGACGUCCUCAAAGUUCACGAGAGUACUGUGCAGGUUGUUCCUCACAACAAGCUUUUCACAUUCGAUUAUGUGUUUGGACCAGACAGCACCCAAAACGAGAUAUUCUCCGCUUUAGGAGACAAGCUGAUUCAGAAAUUUGUUGAUGGGUACAAUGUUACAAUUCUUGCCUAUGGUCAAACAUCAUCUGGAAAAACAUACACAAUGGGCACUGCCCAACACAGCGGUCGAUACAAUGCUGAAGAAGAAGGCAUUGUCCCACGUGCAAUGGCUCAAUUAUUUGAUAUACUUCAUCAAACCGAUUCUGCCAUAAUCCGACCCGUCUCUUUUGUAGAGAUCUACAACGAAGAACUCAUUGAUCUCCUCAAUUCUGCCCCACCCGGAGAAACACCGCCGGUUACGAUCCGAGAAGAUUCAAAGGGACACAUCUAUUGGACAGGAGUCAAGGAAGUCGUCGUACACAGCACAGACGACGUACUCUUCUAUCUUGAACAAGGAACCCAAAACAGAGCCACAGGCUCAACUGACAUGAAUGAAAAAUCCUCACGCUCUCACGCCAUAUUUUCUGUAUCCCUGCGACAGGAGAAAUGGAUGCCAAGCCAAACAUCUGGACUUUCUCAAGCAAGUCUCAGCCGAGCAGCUAGUCCUACACCUUCCCGAUCUACUGGUUCAAGGCAACGACCGCCAAGCUCACUCAACGUACGUCCCUCACUUAAUGAUCUCCGCCAACCAGAGGAAGGUGAUUGGAUUAUUACAAGCUCUAAAUUCAAUUUUGUUGAUCUUGCAGGCAGUGAACGGCUCAAACGCACUGCAGCUGAAGGCGAUCGACGCAAAGAAGGCAUCAACAUUAAUGCAGGCCUCUUGGCACUGGGAAAUGUAAUCUCAGCGCUU